AAAAAAAAUCCAAGGGACAACAACAUCACCACAAACCAUCACUUCUGCCUUCUCAACCAUCCGACGAUGAAUCUAUGUGUUGUUGCGUUUGUUUGGUUCCUCCCAUGGACUGCCUCGUUCACACUGUUGACGCCUGACACGGCUACAAGACGCCAUGCGCCUUUGUUGACAUUUUACAAUGAUUUUGAAGACUUUUCAUCUGUGGGAGAUGACGAUAGUGACGAUUCGACAAAGGAUCUGUAUGCGUCCCUUCGGCAACGGCAGACGGUCCUGGAUGCUUCUAGAAAAGAUACAGUCAGUGCCUGGAAGUCUGCUCCUACGGCCAUUGAAGCGAUUCCUAUUGCAGAUGAUUGGAUACGGAGAGUUGCCUUGGAUACAACGACGACACGUUCCGCGUCUAGCAGUAGCAUCAACACGGUGGUGGCUGGAGGAGCCAGUGGAUCCUUGUAUUUGCUGGACUUGACAACGGGCGAACUUUUGGGAAAGUCACUGAUGGUUCACGAGUCGCGAGGAGACGAUGACGACCAGCAAGUACUCUCGAGUCUCUAUGGCAACUAUGACGGCGGUGGCGUCGUGGCGAUUGCUCGCUGUGGAAAUUUGGUGGCCAGUGCGGGACGUGAGGGUGGCGUCCACGUAUCCUACGUUAUUGCCGAUUCUUCGUCGGAUGUAUUUACUACUACAGACGACAAUCGCCUGGUUACAUUGGGGAAAAUUUCGGGGCUGUCCUCUUUUUGUACCAGCUUGGUAUUUGACUCGGUCAAUCGAGUCCUCUGGGUGGGGAGUUUCCACGAAAAGAAAAUACGAGGAUACCAAGUGACAAAAGAGAUGAUGAUGGAUACACCCAAAGCAUCCCUUAGUGGGGCUGUCGAUGUCGAAAACGCAAAGGUCCACUUGCCAUUACUACAUGAAAUUCAAGUGCCAUCAGGAGUGCUGAGCAUUUCGGUACAACCAGAGAUUGGCUGUGGAGUGGCAGCUACAAGCGACAGUGGCGGGAUCGUCCUCUUUUCCUUGCAAAAUGCCACUUCCUUGGCCACUUGGAAUCCGUUUGCUGCUGGAAGCGACGAAUCGGCACGAUCGGCAGUCUUGGUGCAAAACGAUGAAGCACCCCGACCUUCGUGGUCCGUCGUCGUGGGAGGAACCAAGGGAAGCAUCCAUCAACGAGAGAUUAGCAUUGACCCUGCCACCAAUAGCAUUUCCAGAGCCGAGCCGUGGAAUCCGUUGCGGCCGCCACACCAAGUGGCAGAGGGCCUGAGGCAUGACGGACCGGUUGUCUGUCUGGCAUCUCCAGGACCACAAGUCUUUUUAUCGGGAGCGCAAGAUGGGACCAUUUGUGUCUGGAAUUGUUCUUACAAAAUGAAGUCUAUGGAGGAGGAAGGUGAUGACUCGUCCACUUUCAGCAAACCGACUCCAUUGUUUGCUCUAGGAGGAUACAAGGUUUGGCUGGGGUCUCUGGUCAUUCUCGACGACAACCUAUUGAUAACGGAUGGGGCGGACAACGUUGUCAUGAAACAUACCUUCAACAAGCAAGGUGGGGCACCUUGAUUUUGCACUGAUUGGUAGGAGCAAGUUAUUCGCAACAAGCAGGCAACUGGGAUUGACAUGCAUUCUACUGUACUACGAGGUAGCUGAGCGACUACUGGUACUUGCACCGAAAGUACAACGCUUUUUUCUGGAAGCCCAUUGAAAGGACUUCCUUGGUCCCAAUGUCCCAGUUGCUCUGAAAGGCAACGAGGCUUCACUUGGUAACUCGUUGGGAUGCAGAGAAGGUAAAGUCAAGUACCAGGAAGGUUCCGAGGCCACUCCUAGCUAGUCUAGAGUAGGCAUAUUGCUACCAGGUAGCCACCUCCCAUCUUAAGACUUCACUGGACUUCUACUAGCUAGCUAGACCCAAUAGACAACUGUGUUAGGUUGCUUGCUGCUUGCUCCUCCCUCGUGUGCCGUAUCGGACGGCUUUUCAUCCUGUGGCUCGUAAAUGCUUUCUGGGUGGCCAGAUGAAGCGUGCUGUCCUCGGAUUGGCCCAUGGCCCCCCAAGCAGAGGCCACAAGCUACAACAGCUGCCACAACCCACAUCAUCAGCUCAUCAUCACUGUAGAUCUGCUCAGUUGCGAGGCGCAAGUGGGUCUAAAACGGCUCCUCCUGAACCAAAUCUCGCUACCGUACUGCGCCAGCAUACUGUACCUGGUACCAGUACAUCUCCUGUCAUCUUGCUCGUUCCCUUGCCACAUGCCAUUGAAAUGCGAUGGUCAAACUCAAAAACAGUGCCGCAAAAAUCGAUGGUGGGGUUUGAAAGGUGUUUGUGACGGUCAUGGCACUUCUUUUUCGCGGCAUCGCAAUAGUCAUUCUAAAUCUAAAAUGCCAGUGUGCCUCAACCUUGUUAAAGGGUCUAUCCCCAAGGCAAAGAAAGCCGUCCAAGGUGAAACACCGUGUUAAUUCUGCCUUUCCCUUCCCUUUCUCAAUUCGCGUGUCAGCAUAAGUCUGAUGUCAAUGGUCACUCAAUCCGUUUCCCCU